AUGUUAUCAGUUUUUCAAGUUCAUGGUAAGCAUUACGAGGAAGAAGAGGAGGAGGAUGCCCUACCUGACUCAGAUGCCCUGCCAGACUCAGAUGACGAGGUGGAUUUGGAUAAGCCACGCCCCAUACAGAUUGUUCUUGCUCAUGAAGAUGACCAUAACUUUGAAUUAGAUGAAGAAGCAUUGGAAAAAAUCUUGCUUCAGGAACACAUCAAAGAUCUUAACAUAGUAGUUGUGUCUGUAGCAGGAGCUUUCCGCAAAGGAAAAUCUUUUCUGCUGGACUUCAUGCUUAGAUACAUGUAUAACAGGACUUCUGCUUGCUGGAUAGGUGGAAACACUGAGCCAUUGACUGGGUUUACAUGGAGGGGUGGAUGUGAACGGGAAACCACUGGCAUUCAGAUUUGGAGUGAAGUGUUUGUAAUUGAUAAACCCAAUGGGACAAAGGUUGCUGUACUACUCAUGGAUACCCAAGGUGCCUUUGAUAGCCAAUCCACUAUCAAAGACUGUGCAACGGUUUUUGCUCUGAGCACCAUGACGAGCUCUGUCCAGGUAUAUAACUUGUCCCAGAAUAUUCAGGAAGAUGACCUUCAACAUCUGCAGCUGUUUACAGAAUAUGGAAGACUAGCUAUGGAAGAAAUUUACCAAAAGCCGUUUCAGACACUAAUGUUCUUAAUUAGAGAUUGGAGUUAUCCUUAUGAACAUGCAUAUGGCUUGGAAGGAGGAAAAAAGUUCCUAGAGAAAAGAUUGCAGGUAAAGCAAAACCAACAUGAAGAGCUACAGAACGUAAGGAAGCACAUUCACUCCUGUUUCAGUAAUCUUGGCUGUUUCCUGUUGCCCCACCCUGGUCUUAAAGUUGCAACAAAUCCAAAUUUUGAUGGGCGGUUGAAUGAUAUAGAUGAGGAUUUUAAGAACGAACUGCGGAAUUUGGUACCAUUACUACUUGCCCCUGAAAACUUGGUAGAAAAAGAGAUUAGUGGAUCCAAGGUGACCUGUAGAGAUCUUGUAGAAUACUUCAAGGCUUAUAUUAAAAUCUAUCAAGGAGAGGAGCUACCUCAUCCAAAAUCUAUGCUGCAG